UAGACGGUGAAAAAAACGAUGGACCGUCUUCCACAAUUAUUCAAAUAUUUGUAGCCCGAAUGUUGGCGCCCGGAAGUUAUUACUAUAUAGCGCCUGCGCGCAGGCUAAAAGACGCGCAGCUGUAGUCUGAAGGAAUUCUCAGAUUAAAUAAACAAUUUCAGAAAAAACACUGCAUGGAAAACUUAAAUGAUUUGUGUAACUUAAAGUGAGUAAAACUGUGAAAUUUGGUCUAGAAAUGAUAUAAAAUUUUGGAAAUGCCUCGCCUAAAACUGAAGUGGACACCCCGUUGACUUCGUUCAAUAAAUCCAAUAAUUUGCAUAAAUAUUACGCAAGAAUUCCAAUAUACACUUGUAUAAUAUACAUGGCGUCUGUAUACCCGUCUGCAUGUAAUAUCACUUAAAUAUGGCUAGAUUUACCACAAAAACGCUCAUUUUGCUGGUUGUAAUUUCAGCCGUUGCUAAAUACUGUUUUGCAGCGAAUAUUCUAAUCCUUAGCUUGCCAUUCUACAGUCAUCUUGUCGGAAUUGCAAAAGUCGGGAAAUAUCUGCAAAGCGAAGGUCACGACGUACGCAUCGCAAUUCCGCCUCAGUUGGAAGAGAAACUGCAGGACUAUGGCAUUAAACCAUUGCUCUACCAUUGUCUGGGUGAGUAUCAAGAAAAAUCGCUAACGCAGAAGACGAUUUGGAAGAUGAUUUUUGAGAAACCGCCGUUGCUUCCCGUAAUAUUUAGUGGUGUACAGCGGCCUCCAAAUCGAGUUGCAAGCAAAAUAGUCCUGGAUGCUAAACUAAGGCAAAAUAUUAAAACAUUCAAGCCAGAUUUGAUUCUACUGGAUUCCACCCCACUCGCUGUGAUGUUAACUCUUAUACCUUACAAGUUAAACAUUCCCUUUGUUAUGUUUGGAUGCGCUGCACUCCCUCAGUACACCCGAGCUCCCAUCUUACCCACUGUCAUCCCCUUUAAAUAUUCAACCUACACGGAUCAAAUGACCUUCCUAGAACGUGUAUCUAAUACUUUAAUGAAUUUGGCAUUUUAUCGACGAAGUUCUUUUAUCAAUCAAUCACUCAUUAAGGAAUAUCUUCCAGAUGAACCGUAUAUUUCACCAAGUGAUCUUCAGGCUAAAGCCCAAUUGUGGAUCGUUCAACGACACAGCAUGAUGAACUAUAACCCACCUUCAAUGCCGAAUGUCAAACGAUUACCUCACUUGCUGGACCUCACACCAAAGCCACUUCCUCAAGAAUACCUGUCGUUUUUAGAAAACGCUGAUAAUGGUGUCGUCCUUGUCUCAUUUGGUUCCGUUUUAAGCUCUAUGCCAGCUCAGGUGAAGGACAAAUUACUUCAAGCAUUCGGACAAACGAAGUACAAAUUUAUCACCCAAAGUUCUCUCCAACAGAAAAACCAGUCAGACAAAUUCAUGUCACGAAAAUGGCUUCCUCAGUUUGACUUGCUUCGCCACAAGAAAACAAAGCUCUUCAUCACCCAUUGCGGCGCAAAUGGUUUGCAAGAGGCACUAACUGCUGGUGUGCCAAUCAUUGGUUUCCCAGUGUUUGGUGAUCAACCAUACAAUGCUGUUAAUAUGGAAAAGAAUGGUUUUGGUCUAAAGCUGGACAUCAAGUCAUUUUCCGUCGAUGAACUGGUUUCAGCAAUCGAGGAAGUCGUUACCAACCCGUCCUACAAAUCAAAGGUGGAAAAGGCUUCUGCUAUUUUUCAAUCCGAGAGGGUUCCACCCAUUGAAGAGGCAGCCUACUGGAUUAACCACGUGCUUAAAUUUGGCGGUGAUCACUUGAGAUCUUAUGCUCAAGAUAUUCCAUUGUGGAAGUAUCUUGGUUUGGAUAUCAUUGCUUUCUGUUUGUUUCUCUGGCAUGUUGUUGUUUAUUUAGUCAUAACACUUUUAAGAUGUUGUUUGUCUCGUUGUUGUGGAAGUAAACAAAAGUUGAAGGACGAAUAGCAGGUACAAAAUGAAAUGCAAAGAAGAAGAGACCUCCACGAUAAAUCAG